UCUCUCGUCCACGGCGCGGAAGCCAACUGCCUGCCUUUGGUGCCUUGGUCUUGGUAGGACCAGCGAGCGCCCCACGCGGGAAGUGGCCCAGCCAAGCCAAAGGAGGGCCAUCUCCUGGCCCAGGUGCCACUGCCCAGCCCCACCGAAAGGGAAGAAGGUCGCCCGGGCCCGAAGAAGCCGCCUCCCCACUCGCUCCUCAUCCUCCACCGCCCUGAAGUUUCUUCUGCCUUCUCUUUAAACUUGGUAUCGGUUCUCCGGUUAGCCUCCAACUGAACUUACCAAAAUGGUCCUAAAUAUGUCUACAGAAGAGACUGUCAGAAAGGUCCAUGUUGAAUGUUCCUCUUUAGGAAGACACAACUACAUCCUGAUUUUGGUGCCAACUGUUUACACUAUCAUCUUCAUCAUAGGUAUCUUUGGAAACAGCUUGGUAGUGGUUGUCAUUUACUUCUACAUGAAGCUGAAAACUGUGGCAAGUGUCUUUCUGUUCAAUUUAGCACUGGCAGAUUUGUGUUUCAUAGUGACUUUGCCAUUAUGGGCAGCUACCACAGCCAUGGAAUAUCGCUGGCCUUUUGGCAAUUGCUUGUGUAAGUUAACAUCAGCUGCCGCAAGCUUCAAUCUCUAUGCCAGUGUUUUUCUCCUAACCUGCCUCAGCAUUGACCGUUACUUGGCAAUAGUGCAUCCAAUGAAGUCCCGGCUUCGGCGCACAAUGGUUGUUGCUCGGAUAACUUGCAUCAUCAUCUGGUUGAUGGCAGCACUUGCUAGCUUGCCAGUUAUGAUUCACCGCAGUGUUUAUUUCAUUGAAAAUGAAAAUAUAACCGUUUGUGCAUUUCGGUAUGAGACCCCCACCAACACAACCAACAGCACAUUGGUUCAAGUUGGAUUAGGCUUGUCCAAAAACAUGCUGGGAUUUUUGAUCCCCUUUGUGAUUAUUUCAACAAGCUAUGUAUUAAUCUGGAAGACCUUGAAAAAGGCUUAUCAGAUUCAAAGGAACAAGACCAGAGGAGAUGAUAUUUUUAAGAUGAUCAUUGCGAUUGUACUUUUUUUCUUUUUUUCUUGGAUUCCUCAUCAAAUAUUCACUUUUCUGGAUGUGCUGAUCCAGCUCCGUGUGAUUGUGAAUUGUCACAUUGUUGAUAUUGUGGAUACAGCUAUGCCCUUCACAAUCUGCUUAGCUUAUUUUAACAACUGCCUGAAUCCUGUCUUUUACGGGUUUUUUGGAAAGAACUUUAGAAAGUAUUUUCUUCAGCUUCUGAAAUAUAUCCCUCCAAAUGUCAGGCAUGCUAGUCUGGCAACAAAAACAAGCUCCCUUUCCUAUCGUCCUUCAGAAAACUUAAUCCUGACAGCCAGAAAAAAUGGGUCCUUGGAUGUGGAGUGAUGGCUUGGCAGCAGCGUAUCUUUUCUGCAACUGGAGUGAUGAGUCUCAUGCUACACCGCAACCUCCAUAGCUUAAAGUGUUAAACCAUCUGAAACACAUCAUCCUUAUAAAAACUGAGCAGUUGCCUUUCAUUUCACAUUGUGAGAAAGACUGUUGGUGGUUUACAGCUGAGUGUUAGGCAGCUGUGUUCAUCAACAUCCUGCCUGUUAGAAGUUGAAGCUUGGAGAGAAAGAGUAUGUGGUAGGACUAAGAACAACGUACAGUGAACUCAAAAAUGUGGUCCAAUUUCUUAUUUCAUUGUAUCACGUCUAAAGUUUUCCUUUGAACUUACAUAAGCAAUUAUGCUUCUCUUUCAGGGCCUUAGACAGAGGAAUAUUAAAUAUAUAUAUGAGUAAAUCCAUGUUGUUUUUCAAGAAUGUGAAUUAUGCAUCUUGUAUACUACUUGAUUGUAAUCAAAACCUACCUAGGCUAUGUUACAACUUCAUAUAUAUAUAUAUAAAUGCAAAGCCGCCCUUCCAGUAGCAAAGACUGUCAGCAUUGGGAUGGCAUAUACAUGUAGCACUAUGAGACUCUUAAAUCAGACAAAGUAUACACAUGAAGCAAAAUGAUGUUAUCUGUGUGUGCCAUGGCAUGAAUUCAGUUGUUCAUCCCAGUUAUCAAAAAUAAUUGGAUUAAUAAAUUCCCAUUGAUUUAAUGGGCUCAUUCUAGUUUGAACUAACAAUUGAAUUUAUGCUAAUCUUUCAAUUCUUAGAGAACAUUUCUUGCAUAUACAGUUAAAUGCAACCCCAUUACAUCUGUGGAGCCAUGAGCUAGUGAUAAAAAAUAUAUAUGUGAGAAAGGUUUAUGCAUAAAUCACCAAGCUGUCUCAGCCAACCUUGUCCAAAAUAGCUCUCUCAUAGAAUCAUAGAAUCGUUGAGUUGGAAGAGACCUUGUGGGCCAUCCAGUCCAAGCGCCCUUUUAAAUGCAAUUUACAUGCAUUUGUGUGUGUUCACACACUCACUGCACUAGUGUAAGUGACAUAGCUCCAAGCUUCAGGAGCAAAUUCUGACAUUUGUGAAAAUUUUAUCAGGCAUCAUUCAUGACACUGCAUGUCAUCAUGAUAUUGUAUAUAUAGGAUCACAAUGCUUUGAUGGGACCUUCAGACUGUGUUAUGAGCCCCCUCGUGGCCAUCUAAAAGCAUGGAGCUCCUCAUUUCAUUGUAGCUCCUCCACAUGACAGGACUACAUGGAGCAAAAGCCAAUGAAUGCACAGGGCUUAGAAGCUAGCUACACAGAAAGCUGCAUCAAUACUUACCUCAAGCAGUUUUACAUGCCCAAUGAAUUAUUGGCCACCAAGGAUUGUUGUCCAUGUCUCUGGGGGGAAAAAGUAGACACUGUAUAAUAGCCAGCUCUGUCAAUACAGUUGUUAGAAGCAAACAAAAGCAGCUUGAUAAAUGGGUACCUUCUAAGUGUUCUCUGAAUGUAUAAGAGAAGGUUCACUGAACUGCACUGUACAGUGGAGCACAUGACCAGGAUUUAAAGAACUACAUAACACUGUCAGUUAUAUGUAUAUUUAUUCCAUGGCAAAGACCCAAUGAAUCACAGCCAUGCCUUCUCACAUAACUUAGUUGAAGGAUGAAAUUCAGUACUAAAAAGGAAACUUUACACAUGAACAACAUUCUAUUGAUUGAUUCAUUAGCUGCGAGCAUAAGUGCUGAUUGUAAUGAUUCAGCUAAUGAAUUUCCUCGUGUAAAUGUAAGGUGUCUUCGUAUUUUUAUUCACUUGUAAAGCAUUUUCCUGUCUUUAUUUUAAGGCCUUCAGCUCAGAGUUCUUGUUGUCUCAAUGGAUGUUCCACAUGCCACAGGGGAAAACACAUAGAUGGGAGAAUGAAGAAAUUGCUUGCCCCUCUCUUCCAUACACUAUUGCUAUCCACAUACAAAGAAUGCCUCCCUUUUCUGCUGGCAGAGUUCUUGUAAAUGUUGGCUUAGCUUAUGUUGUAAAGAUAUUUAUUUGUAUUUAUUGUAUAAUAAAGCUUUAUCUGACUUGAGUUUAUUUUUUCCAUCUUGAAUUCAAUGUUCCAUGUUAUUAUGAUAUAGAAGAUUUAGGUACAAUUCUUCCUUCCUCUCUUCCCAACCAGCAGUUUCCAGAAUUCCAUAGUUCCGGAGAAUAUACAAGAAAACUCUCUAAAACAGAAUGCUAAAACCCCUCUCUAAACUAGCAAUCCCAAUAUUCCUUAGAAUAAAGCCAUGGCAAUUAAAUUGCCAUGAAACUGAUUAUGGCACUGUACUUUGGAUGAGUCUUUUCUAGUCCAGCAAACACUAUGCUUCAAACAUUGUAUUUUUGUUCAUAUUGUGCUUGCAUUUUUGAAAACAGUGUUGGUUAGGAAAUUCAGGGAAGGUGGGUGAUCAGAGGCUCGGUGAAUCUGUUCUGCAUUUAGUCAGAAUUUUAAUGCAGCUUUCCAAUCCUGAACCAUAUCUAACUUAGGUAAAUUUGCCCAUCCACUGACAUCAAAAAAACACAUUCCCCAUUAAAAGUUAGCAAGUUGUUGGAUAUGUAUAUGAAUUUCCUGUGGACUUUGAAUAUCCUUCAGUAGUUUCAUUUACACAUACUGUAUAUAAAAACUGUAAAAGAACCAAUAUUAAACUUCACAUAACUGAUAAAUGUUAUACCUAAAACAGUACAAGAUGGUGAUGUAGUUUCUUGUACCGUAGUUUUUUAGUGUUACAACAUUUGAUACAAUAUUCUGUAUAAUAUAUAUUCUGUAUUUCAAAAGCUGUAGAAGAUACUGUCCAUAUGAUACAUUUGUAUUUCAAAACUGUCACAGUUGUUGUUGUCUGUAUUAUUAUGGAGCAUUUUGUAAAACAAGUCAAAUGCUAUAAUAAGAGCAAAAUACUCUGUAUGCUCAUACACGAGCAGUUGGAAAUCUAAAAAUACUAAUCCUGUAGAGACCCAUGUAGACUUCAUUGCAUACAUGGAGGUUCCCUAUUUGCUAAUUAACUUAUUCAGUUCGGGGGACAGAUAAAAUUUCUAAAACUCAUCUGCUAAACUAAGGGCUGUAUAGCCCUCCAGCUGUUUAAUUCAUCCCCAGUGUUUCUCACCACUGUGUUAACUGGCUAGAGGUGAUAGGAGUUGCUAUCCAACAAUAGAAUACAUUUUUAAGUUCAUAAACCUUUUUGGAUAUUGCUGUAUUUUCUCAGAUUCAUCACCAUUAAUUUGAAACAAAUGCAAAAUCCAAAUGAUUAUACUCCUUCAAUUGUACCUUCGUUGUUGCUGUUCUGUGCCUUCAAGUCAUUUUCAGCAUAUGCAAAUCUAAGGUGAACCUACAUGGAGUAUUCUUGGCAAGAUUUGUUGAAAUAAUAUUUGCCUUUUCUACCUCUGAGGCUGAGAGGUUGUUACUUGCCCAAGGCAUCCAGUAGGUUCCCAUAGCUGAGCAGGGACUUGAAUCCUGAUCACCAGUCAUAGUCCAGUGCUCAGACCACUACACCAUGGUGGCCCACCAAUUAGGUCACCCACUUCUGCCCUUUUUCCCAAUGAGUAAAAAUAACUAAUGUUUAACUUUAUCCUUUCCAUUGCUUCUCUCAAAACUUUACACCCACUUAGCAUUUUCAUAUCUAUUUAGCCAAAUCUUAAAAUCUUCAUAGGCCCCAAUCCAGAUGCUGCCUCUGAAGGAAGGGAGGCAGGUUACCACCAGGGCAUUUUCCCUGGCACCAGAUGAAGACAUUUUUAUUUACCUUGAUCAUUUAAGAACUAAAAAUGCGGGUUAAUUGGUUUUCCAAUAUCUAUUUUUUUUAAUUUGGGGAUUUCCAAGUGAUUGGUUUCUUUUUGUAUUUUUAUAUUAUUUUGAUGUUAUGUUUUUAUGUUUAGCUUUACAGUAUUUCUAAAUUAUUUUCAUGUAUUGUUGUUGUUGCUUUGGUAGUACAAGUCUGCCACCAUGAGAAGAGCAUGUUAUGGUGGCACAUUAGCAUCAUAAAAUUAGUUGUUAAUUGAGUUUUUCAAUGCAUAAACACUUUUGAAUUAGCUAAUUCACAAAUACAGAGAAGUUUAUUGCGAAAUGUGAGCGGCUUGCAAACUCCUUGCUAAUUGCUAUAAAGCAGUAAUCAAAUCCAAAGGCAAAAUUCAUGACCUAUAAAAAUCACAGGCUGUAACAUACAUUUUGUGAAGAUCACUGAAUUCUGUAUUUCUAUCUACUGUGCAUUAUUUUGAGCCUGACCUUUUAAUACUUCUUUACAUUUCAUUGAAAGACCUUGAACAAUAAUACAGAUACCUGAAUCUAAAGGCUUUACAUUAUUAACCUUACAUUUAAGAGCAAAUGCUUUAUUGAUGUGUAUAGUUUGCAGCUUAAAACAAUGUAAAUGUGUUUGAUUAUUCACUUCCUGCAUCUGCAACAUAUAUAGAUACAGAAGAACAACUAUUGAACAAUAUAUAUUUUGAUAAAGCAUCAGUUUUAUGUGUAGAAUGUUGUGUGGCUUUUUGUGGUUCUGUUUGUGUCAUCCAUAAAAGAGAAAUAAUAAAAAGGACAGGAAUCAU